AUGUUUAGUGAAAUUGGAUAUACAAUUUUUCUACUGCUCGCAUUCCCGUAUAUAGACAGUGGUAAGUCAUCUCGGCUCAGUGAAUACGUAGAACAUUAUGAACCCCUGGAGUACGACGCGGAUGUGGUCCACACACAACACAAGCGCACGCGUCGCUCGAUUGACCCCCCGGACCUGCACAUUAGCUUUCGAGCGCACGGAAAGGACUUCAAACUGCGUCUGCGACGCGACCUCUCAGCGUUCAGUGAAGACUUUAAGGUCGAAGGAUCUCAGGGCCAGUUACACGAAGUCGACACCUCACACAUCUACCAUGGCGAGCUGGUUGAUGAACCACAGUCUGCGGUGUUCGGUUCGGUGACGGAUGGGGUGUUCGAAGGAAAGAUAAUGCUGAAGGAUGGCGCCUACUAUGUUGAGCAUGCUCGUCGAUACUUCCCGCCCAACGGCACUCGCACCAAGGUCCACUCUGUGAUAUACCGCGAGGGUGACGUGGUCGACCCCUAUGCGCACAUAAGACAUGGUCACGCAGGCGGAUGCGGAGUGACAGACGAAGUUGUUCAAUGGAUGGAGCGCAUACAGAACUCCGGCGUAGACGACGAUCCUCCAGUUUCUACCCCAACACAAACCCAUCACUCAUCAGCGCCGAACCCACAUCAUCCAAACAGCCUCAGAGACGAUUCGUCUAGACACUGGGAUUUCCACCACUUCAACAAAUACUCUCGCGCCGCUAACAGCGAGCACGCGCGGUCGCGCCGCGCGGCCCCGCACGAGAAGAUACGCAACAUGUGCUCGCUGUACAUACAGACCGACCCGCUGAUAUGGCGACACGUCAGGGAGGGCUUCCCGGAUCAUCGAGAUCCAAACAAGAAGAGCGAAGUGGACAUGAAGACCAGAGAAGAGAUCUUAUCUUUGAUAUCUCAUCACGUGACCGCGGUCAACUACAUCUACAGGGAUACGAAGUUCGACGGGCGCAAGGAGCAUCGUAAUAUACAGUUUGAGGUUCAGAGGAUAAAGAUCGACGACGAUUCAUCAUGCAACACUCAUCCAUUCGCGAGCGAAACAAAUCAAUUCUGCUUGGAAAACAUCGAUGUGUCAAAUUUCUUAAAUCUGCACUCGCUUGGAAACCACGAAGACUUCUGUCUGGCGUAUGUCUUCACCUACAGGGACUUCACCGGAGGCACUUUGGGCUUAGCGUGGGUGGCAAGUGCCAGUGGCGCUUCCGGUGGCAUCUGCGAGAAGUACAAGACGUACACUGAGACGACAGGUGGCAUGUACCAAAGCACGAAACGUUCACUCAACACUGGCAUCAUUACCUUUGUCAACUACAACAGCAGGGUUCCUCCCAAAGUGAGCCAGUUGACGCUCGCUCACGAGAUCGGACACAAUUUUGGAUCACCGCACGACUAUCCUUCCGAAUGCCGACCAGGCGGGCAGCAAGGCAACUACAUAAUGUUCGCAUCGGCUACUUCCGGUGAUAGGCCCAACAAUAGUCGGUUCUCCGCUUGCUCUGUGGGCAAUAUCAGUGCUGUGUUAGACGCUAUGAGAGACGCGAGCGGUCGCAAGCGGGACUGCCUCAAAGAGAAUGAGGGCGCCUUCUGCGGGAAUAAGAUAGUUGAGGUUAACGAGGAGUGCGACUGCGGCUACAAUGAUAACGAAUGCAAUGAUCGUUGCUGCUACCCACGUCACGUCAGUAACGGUGAUGCUGAAAGAAAUAGCUCUGCGAAAGGUUGCAAGAGGAGAGCCAAUACACAGUGCAGCCCGUCGCAGGGCCCGUGCUGCAGCGCGCAGUCGUGCCAGUUCGUGCCGGCCGCCGCCAACCAGACGUGCCGCGAGGCCACCGAGUGCAGCCACGCCUCCUUCUGCUCCGGCCGCUCCGCCGAGUGCCCCGAGCCGCGCGCCAUGCCCGACCACACCAAGUGCAACAACGGCACCCAACUGUGCAUCAAAGGAGAAUGCAGCGGUUCCAUAUGCCUAGCAUGGAACAUGAAAGAGUGUUUUCUAUCAUCAUCGCCAACGAAAAUCGGCGACGGAGUAACAGCUGUUGUAGACCGGCGGGCGUUAUGUCAGCUGGCGUGUCAAACGGGACCGGAUCCGGAUUCUUGUCGAAGUACAGCAGAGUUCGCUAGCUCGGUUGGCCUGCCCCCCGGUGGUAUCAGUCUCAGACCCGGCUCGCCGUGUGAUAAUUUCCAGGGUUACUGUGACGUUUUCCUGAAAUGUCGAGCUGUCGACGCAGAGGGUCCGCUGGUCAGGCUCAAGAAUCUUCUAUUGAACCAAGCUACCCUACAAACGUUACAGGCGUGGGUCACUGAGCAGUGGUGGGCUGUUCUGUUGGGUGGAGUCGCCCUCAUUGUGUGUAUGGGCGCUUUCGUUAAGUGUUGCGCAGUUCAUACGCCUUCCUCCAACCCAAAGAGACCGCCUGCGAGGCGGCUGUCGGAGACGCUGCGGCGGCCGAUGAACACGCUGCGGCGCAUGCGCGGCGCGGCGGGCGAGGCGCGGCGCGGCGCGCGGGAGGCGCGGGCGCCGCGCGCCGGACACCGCCGCGCGCGCGCGCACAAGGGCUACGCGCCGCCGCUCGCCUACGCGCCGCGCGACCCCGCGUCAGCACCGGCCGGACCCAGCGGACGGCGUGCCGAGCCGUACGCAAACGCGUAUCCACAGUCGUACGAGAUGCGUCCCGCGCAGAAGGUCUGA